UAUGAUUACUGAGAGGACUGUAGUUCCUGUACAGUGCAUUAGGCUGGAUCACACUAUCAAAUAAUUUACACUAAAUUGAGUGUAUGCAUAUUAUUACAGAGAUAAUUAAAUGUAUUAGUUUAACACACACAACCACAGGUGCACACACAUACUGCAGUGUUCAGCAUGUUUCCUCUCCUGAAGUUUUACACAGCAAAUUAAAAGAUUCCAAUUUAAAAAGCGUAACUAUCCUGUGAUAUUAUAAUAGUUAACAGGCUGAAGUAUUUUUGCUAGAAUAUUUUUUUAGCCGAAGUACAUGAAAAUCCUACUAUUGUUUAAUGAUUACCCACAGAAUAUUGAUUUGAUUCACUGUUUACAUUUUAAUAUCCAUUAUUAAUUGAUUCAGAUUUAAGAAGAAGAAAGGGUAAGAUUAAUUAAGCAAUAAUUUGUGAGAGGGAGUGCUAUAACAUGUAAUAUUGGCAAUUGCAUUAUAGAACCUUAUUAAUAAGUAACAAUUGUUUUUGUCUGAGCAUGAUAUACUAUUUCUGUUUUGUUCGGAAAUACAUAUUUAGGAGUAGUUUAAGAACUGAUGUCUUUUUUUCUCUGCAGACUAAAUUGUUGUAAUCUUGGGAAGAAAUCUUGUAAAAUUCUGGGAACCACAUCUUUACCCCUGAAAGAGCUGGACCUCAGCAGCAAUGACCUGCAGGAUUCAGGAGUAAAGCUGCUAUCUGCAGGUUUAAACAAGGCACACAGUAAACUGAAGACACUCAGGUUGUCUGGGUGUAUGGUUACAGGUAAAGGCUGUUCUACUUUGGCUUCAGCUCUGAAAUCAAAACCCUCCCAUUUGAAAUUGCUGGAUCUGACCUACAAUUAUCCAGGAAUGUCUGGAAUGAAGCUGCUCUCUAACCUAGUGCCAGAUCUGCAGAUGAAGCAUGGAGAUGAAAUCAGGUUGCAGCUGGGGCUAAAGAAAUAUGCCUGCAAGCUCACUCUGGACCCGAACACAGCACACAAACAUCUCUCUGUGUCUGCUGAUGAGAGACAAGUAGAGCAUGUGAAAAGGCAGACAGAUGCUGAGGAUCAUCCAGACAGAUUUGAGGUCUGUGAGCAGGUUUUGAGCAGAGAGAGCAUGAUGGGACGAUGUUACUGGGAGGCUGAGUGGAAAGGAGAUGGAGCGUCUGUAGCAGUAUCUUACAGCAGUAUCAGGAGGGAAGGAAACAGUGAUGAUAGUCUGUUUGGAUUCAAUAAUAAGUCCUGGAGUCUUCACUGCACUGAUAACAGUUUCUCUGUCUGGCACAAUAAUAAAGAGACUGAGAUACCAGUCCACACCUCCUCCACCAGAGUUGCAGUGUAUCUGGACUGGAAAGCCAGCAUCCUGUCCUUCUACAGCAUCUCGCCUAAAACACGCACAAUGACCCACUUACACACACUUCAGACCUUUUUCAGUGAGCCGCUCUACGCUGGAUUCUAUGUUAGUUAUAAUUCCUCAGUGUGUGUUUGUACAUAAGACACAAUAACACAGGUUUAUAGUUAAUAGAUCACAGAGUGUUUCUAAUAAGUGCUUAAGUGCCUCCUAAUGGCUAUAGGCAAGGCCAUCUUAUUUCAGUUAUAGAUUUAUUCUAUUGCAUUUGGCCUUGAACUGUGCGAAAAGUCGUGUGAUGAAAGCAUAUAAUGUGUGUGUAUGUUUUGUAAUUUAUGUUUAACGAGGGAAGUGUCAUUGUGCUGUAGAAAUAAAUUGAGCAGUUUUUUUUUUCUUGGCUGACUUUUACUUUCUGUACUUGAUUACACAUUCCAUCUUCUUCCCUUGGUCUACCCAGUCCUUGGUUUUCUCUUCCCUGUUUUCUUGCCUGUCACUCCCAUUCUGGCUGUCAUUGUCUUGGUCCGCUAUGUGCCUUAAAAUGGCAUUAAACCCUAAACCAUAUGUUUUCAUUAUUAGCUGAAAUUCCUCUGAAGUAAUGAAACAUACCAGUCCUGCUUAAAAAAUGUAAAAACAUUUCAAACCUUUAAAAAACACUUUUAUUAGGGUCAUUUCCACCUUUGGAGUGCCCUCACAGAUUAAUUUCUGCUAUAGGUGAGGAUGAUGUUUCAUCCUGUGAUGUGACAUCACAAAAUGCAAAGCAGUUAACCAAUAAUACUGCCCCCCCCCCAAUGCCAUCCAACCAUCUGCAUCUCUCUACUAUCAGAGGUACACUGCUCAGCUCAAUGUGCUCUUUAUUCAGCCCCACCCCUAAACCCAUACAUCACCUAAUGCCCCUCCCAAACUACCCCUCCCAUUUUUUUAUUACCUUUUUUUAAUUUAAGCUGAGGGUGAAAUCAGCCAAAAUCGGGGGUUUUGGUUACCCUUUAAAGCUCAUAGCUCUGAUUGUUUUUGUAUCUCAUGAAUUGUGUGUCAUAAGUCUGUAUGUAUAUGUGUGUAUAUCUAGUUUUAUGUGUCAUACUAAAUCAUUGUUUUAUUUUUGUUCAAUUGUAAUCUGAUGCAGUUUAUUCAAUUAAUCUAUGUGUA